CGAAAACCCAUAAAAAACUGUCUUUUGUUUCAAGUAUUGUUUCUGCAUUUGUUCUUGUGUUCUUGUUGUUCAUACUUUUCAAAAGCCACGAACAAGAAAAGAAAAAGUUGUGUUUGAUUCAUUAAAAAAUCGAAAAUCCCAUAAAAAUUGUCAUUUUGAAUUUAUUUCCUUUGUUUGCAUAUCCUUCAAAAAAAAAAUCAUCCUAGUUAUUUUAGUAGACCAUUUUAGUUGAAGUAAUUCGUGCAUAUCAUAUUGCUGCAUUUAAAAAAAAAAACAUUCAUCAUAAGUUUGAAUCAUUUGUUUCAUAUUGUUAGGUUUAUUGCAUUUCUUAAACUAAAAACUCAAAAAAAUAUCGUUGUUAGUUUUUUUCCAUAUUUUCUUUCCAUUUAUUUUUCAUAGCAUCCCAUACUGAUUUAUUUCGUUCUUGCAUCAAGAAAAUCAAAAAAAAAAAUUAUAUAGAGCAUAGUUCAUAUCAUUUGCAUCUUGUUAAUUUAAUUGUUGCAUCUUAAGAAAAUUCAAAAAAAAAAUAUCAGUAUUAGUUUGCUUUCCAUAUUUUAUUUCCAUUUGUAUUCAUUAUCAUCUCAUAUUGUUUCAUUUGGAGAUUUCAUUGAGAAAACCAAAAGAAAAAUCAUUUUUUUUAGUAUAGCUAUUUCAUUUCGGUUCAUAGUUGCCAAAUUUCUCGGUUUAGUUAAAAUAGUUUUCAUUAUUCAUUUGGUUUGACUAGCACUUCCCAUAUCUUCACUUGAUCUUUAAGAUUGAUCUCAGGGAUAAAUGGGAGAGGCAGCACACGGUCAAGCUCUAAUAGCUUCUCAAAAACAACUACUGAUUGCUAUGCGAGAAUUAGAAGAUCAAAUGGCCCGGUUAGAAGAAAGAAGCAAUAUGUCUAGGAGAAAGACACAAGGCCGAGGACCACCACAUGGAGAAACAAGAUUUGGAGAUGCACCAGAGGAUGGCUAUGUUGAGCCUAAGCCACCAGAUCCUUCAUGGAUCACCCCACACUAUACUUCUUCAACUCAUAAAUACUUAACUCAUUCUUAUCUUGAUUUUAAAUCUGUUAAUGAAGUUAAGAUUUAUUCUUUUUCAGGAAGCAGUUGGCCAGAUGACUAUCUCUCAUGGGAAAGAACCAUGGAUGAUUGGUUUUCAUACCAUGGUGUGCCAAAGAAAGAAAAGCUGAGCCAUGCCAUCAAACAACUCACCGGAAGUGCAUACAAAUGGUGGAAAGGUGUAGAUGGUGCAAGAUGGAAGAGUCAAAGAGAGGCUAUCAAAACGUGGGAAGAUCUUAAAGAGGCCAUAAUCAGGAAGUAUGUUUUCUCACUACCAACACCAGAGAUUAGAGAAAGGUACCCAAGGAGGUUUUCAAGUCAUGGGUCCAAAGAGGCAAAUAGAGUGGUGCCACAACAAGGCCAUAGAAGCUUGAUCCAUCAAGAUCAGAUUCGGCCCAAACCAGGGGCACACAGUUUUCUAUGAUCAAUCCCAACCUUAUGAGGUCCCAAAGACCAUGGAGAGAAAGAACUUUGUCAGCCAAGACACGUUGGCCAGACACAAAGAAAAAUCAGACAAACAGAUUUUUAAAGAAAAGGCCAAGGAUGUUAAGACAGGUCCUGAGGUCCAGAAAGACACGAUCUCCACAUCUUUGUUGAGAUCCAAAGUUGUCCAUGAUUUAAGUCCAAGAGACAAGGAGAUUUUAAACCCAAAGGAAGAAGAGCCAUCAAGCCAAGGUAAGUCUUCUAAAUCUGAGAAUUUGAAAUAUCAGACAUGUUAUAGAUGUCAUAAGAAAGGACAUUAUGCUGUAGUAUGUCCUACUAAGCAAGCAUUGAUAGAAACAUCACUAGGAAAGAAAAGAGAAUUAUCUACUAAAAGUGAUAGUUUUAUUCAAUCUGAUUUAUUGAUUCCAAAUUCUUGUGUAAUGCACUUGUCUUUGUCAAAAGGUGUUGUAACAGGAAUUAAGGAGCAUGAAUUCAAAGGAGAGGAGCAACCAGGCGCCACACUUGUGAUGGAACAGAAGCUGGUUCAAGACACAAUGCAGUCCAUGUUGCUUAAAGAAGCAAAACCAGUAAUCAAAGUAUCACACCAAGGUAAGUAUCUAACACCACUUUUUGAUACAAGUGCUGACGUUUUUGUUCUUGGUAUAGGAGGAACAAAUGAAAGCUAUAUGCUUACUGAAGUUCCAAGGAAAGAACCAGACCAUAAGCUCAGCCAUGAACCACCUCAUAAGUGGAAGCCUAAAAUUGAACUAAUUGUUGUUCAAAUGCCAAGGCUUAAGGUAAGUUUCUCUGAUCUUAAAAUGCCCAAGACAUUUGAUUAUCCAGAUGUAAUGCACUUUUCUUUUCCAAAAAGUUUUGAUAUAGGAAUAAGACAAGAAGAAGUUCAUAACAACCAAGGUCAAAAGUUGCAAAGAAGACAGCAAACAAAAACAAGUUGUCCAAAGAAGAAAAUCAUUCUUCAACUUGUGGAAGCUAUCAAAGUAAGUCUGGAAAUUUCAAAUUAUUUUUAUCAGUGUCCAAACACAGAUAUAAUUCACUUGGUUUUUAUCCAGGAAGUUGAGAAUUUUUCAGGUUGCAAAGAAGAAAACUUCAAAGAAAUCCCACCAGAUUAUCUUAUGUUGCUAGGAGGAUCAACUCCAAAGAAGAUCAGAAACGUGGCCACCACAAAUUUGAAGGACCAUCCAGUCCAGAACAGAUGCAAUGACCAUAAACAUACAAGAAGCGUGAUCCUUUCAUAUCUGUCCAAAGAAGAGCCACCAGAUGCAUCAUGCAUCACCAAGCCGAAAUUAAAUCAAGGUAAGGGUCUAAACUCAAAAGAGAAUGAAACCUGACUUGCUCUAUCUUGGUACAGGUUAUCCAGUUUCAAGGACGAAACUUUGUCAAGGGGGAGGGUAUGAUGCGGCCAUCAGAUCAGCAACUGAACCAGAGGUCAACCCAAAGCCCUACUCAAUCAGCCAAGGCGCCAGCCAGGACAUACGUGCACUAAAAAUGUCAUAUCAUAUAAACCAAGAGGGUUUAAAUGACAAGGAUAAUUUUUAUGGAUUCUAAAUUCAAGAAGUAGUCCAUGCCAAUUGGAAUCGGGACAAAAUAUUUACGGAGCAAGAAGUUAUGAAUUUUACAAGUCAGAGGUUUCUCAGCCCGUCCAUCUGCGAGUACCCGACUUUAGAAGAACAUUAAAGCCCAAUGAAGAAGAGGCCUGAAGCAAAGGCCAUCAUAGGAGUCAAGAGGAGUUUAUCAGCUUUUCAUAAAGCCCAAUAUCAGGAGAAAUGGCCAUGGAAUUAUAAAGUUAUGAUCCAAUCUCCAAAACCGGCCAAACCAGUUCUACACUUGCCUCAAUUGGAAGCUAACCAGACAUUGGCGACCAGGAGAUCUAUAUAUGCAUUCAGGAAGUCCAUCCAGUGGUCCAGAAGAGUUAGACAAUUUCAUUCCAUGCACCAGCCCACAUAGGAUCAGGAGGAUCCUCAUUAACCCCAACUUGCCUUAUUUGGAGCUUCUUGCCAUCCAGCUCCAACAGCUCUUUUUCCUUCAGAUUGGGCACGACCUCAGAACAUUCCAAACCAUCAAGAAGGUUCCCAUGAAGCUUAGUUAUCCCCUCAAACCGUCCAGGUUCAAGAAAGAUCAGAUUCCUUACUUGGAGCCAAAAUCCCACAAAAGGCUCCAACGGCUAGUUUCCGAUUUUGUUACUUUGCUUGAUUUGUUUCUUUUUCUAUUUAUUUUAGAACGUUAGGACCUUUGUCUCUUAGCCUUAUAUAAGCUCCUAGACGUCCAUUGUAAAGAGCAUUCUCAAUUACCAAGUUAAUAAAAAGUUUAUUCAGUUUUUAUCAAAGGUUGUUCUUUGUACAAAAUAUCGGUCUUUAGGAUUCAAAGAGUGAUUCUUUGUUGUUCUAUUGAUUUCGUGAGUCUAGUUUGUUUGUGCAAAUCAAACAAGCUCAGUACACAGAUUGAGAGAGUCAAUCACAUCGUUUCCAUCAUCCAUCAGAUUGAGAGAUUCAAUCAAACAUUCAUCCGCAAAUCCACUUCAAUCCAUCAUUUGAUCAAGCUGAGAGUGAUACACAUCCAGCAGCUUGAUUCCGUCAUAUCUAUCAUUUCUAUCUCUUUUAUUUGUUCAUUUUAUUCAUAUCAUAAACAGCAUCUCAUUUUUUUUGCAUUGGUUUCAGAUUUACAACCUUCAUCUCAUUCAUAUCGCCCACUCGAUCAUACUUUUUGUCGAACCAUCCAAGCUUCCAUCAACCAUCUUGCCAUCCCUGAUUUCCAGCCUGCAACACUAACCUAUACAGCAUGUAAACUUCUAUUUAAUUAUUGUUUUCUAAAAAAUUAUAUAAAUAUUUAAUAAUAUGGUAAAUGUUUAAAAUAUGUAUCACCUACUAAAUGCUUAAACUAAUAUCAAUGUAUAUAAAAUAUAAAAAAAUAUUUGCGCAUAAGUGCGGAUCAAACUCUAGCUUUGUUUUAUUUGAAAGAAAAAAACGUUGUAAAGUACAUCAAUAUCUAGCAAUGGUAAAUAAGGUUAAGAUAUUUAGGGUCAGUCCGACCUAUCCAUAACUAUAACCAACAUCAAACCCUAAACACCAACCGGCAAUCGUUGAGAACAUGGGAUUAAUUCUUAUGUCGUUUGUCGUAUCUUACAAGGUGAAGAACGAAAAGUUACAGAAAGAGAUAUAUAUCUCUGAACAUGUCCAGAAAAAAAGGAUCUAAAGUUGACAACAAAAUUUAAGUUGAAUUAUGGUUGUUAUUAAUCUUUUUUAAUAAACUCAUGAGGAAGAUCAAUUUUACCUUCAUUUUUCGAUCUAGAAAGGUAUAACCUCAUGUCAAAAUCAGUUUUACUUUUCAUGAAGAGAAAAAGGAAACAAUUGAAAAUCACACUUUUCAUUCUGCUACGUAAUCAUCAAAGCCAAGAAGUUAGAAGCUUCACGCACUAAAAUCAACUCUUUCCACUUUCUUCUCGUUUUCCAAGUCAAUAGCCAAACACCAAACGGGUCUUGAGGACGAUCUUUACAUGAGUCCAUUGCAACUUAGGACAAGCUAUAAUUAAUUUUAUACUUAAGCUAAAAUAACACACCAAUGGGACCAAUCUACAUCCAAGAUUAGAAGCUUUCACAUCAUAAAAACCAACUCAUCCCACUUGCACUUCGUUUUACAAGUCAAGAGUCAAGCUUUUCUAUUUUCCUUCCAACCGCGUUUCAGAAAUUUACAUCUCCAUUACAAAUCGAAUAAUAUUAUAUAACUGUAUUGUUAAUUCUAAACCUUCAAUUCAAGACAGAAACUGUGAGCUAGGCAUGGCUGAGUCUAACGGGGAGGAUCCAGCUAAGCCUUUAGCCCCACUUUAUCUAACUCCACGUAGCGACCAACCCGAAGAAGAUCAGUACCAAGACCAAACCAAACAACACGUCCACCACCACCACCAACGGGCCAAACUAAUCUUAUGUUGUGGCUUCAUCGCAUCUCUAACCAUACUCAUCGCAGUCACUUUCAUCGUCCUCUCCCUCACGGUCUUCCACCUCCACAGCCCAAAGCUCACUGUAACUUCCAUAUCCAUCAUCCAACCGUUGGACAUCGUCAACGGUAAAGUCAACACGACUCAAAACGCUACCCUCGCAGUGGAGAUCUCAUUACAUAAUCCUAACCCUGCCGUGUUUAAAGUUAAAGACGUUACGGUUUUGUUUUACCACGAUGAACUGGUGGUGGUGGUUGGGGAGAGUACUAGAAGAAGCGAAACUAUUCCAGCGAAACGGACGGUGGAGAUGAAUCUGACGGCGGAGAUUGAUACGAGAAAGCUACUAGCAUCUGUCCCAGGUUUAAUGGAGGAUUUUAACGGAAGUGUGGUGUUGAGAAACAGAGUUGCAGUUAACGGUAAAGUGAAGAUGAUCAAGAUUUUCAAGAAGUCUGUUCAGCUUAAGACAGAUUGUGUCGUGACCAUGAUGAUGAUGAACAAUUCAUCAAAGCCUAGUUUUGAUUGUACGAGGACAAGAAACACGUACGAACAUGUUCGAAGCUGAAACAAUAAAUUUUUAUUUAUAAAUGUCUGUAAAUAAACUCAGUUCACAUGUAAAAAAGGAAAGAUGCAAUGUCGAAUCAAAAGACAAGUUUGGUUUGCACCGGUUAA